UCUUGGCGCACAGCACAGCCAGAGACGUCUAUAGAGCGCCACAACUACGCUGUCUCUUCAGUCAUACUUUGACACGCAAACAGAAGACUUCUGCGCCUAAAGAUGCCCCUUUCAAGCAGCUCCACUUCCUCCACAAAGAGCAUCCGCAGAGCAGCAUCCGAGCUGGAGAGGUCUGACUCCAUCACGGUUUACCUUGACUGCACUGCUGUUCUAAUACGCAUUUGGAGAUGUAAAGCGCUCCCAUCAAAUAACCAAAGAGAUAUCCAAAAGUCUCCAAGAUACGUCGGUAGGCGGCAAAGCUUGAUCGAGGACGCGCGCAAGGAGAGGGAAGCCGCCGCUGCAGCGGCAGAGGCUGCAGAGGCCACUGAACAGAUAGUGUUUGAGGAGGACGAUGGAAAAGCGCUGCUCAACAUCUUCUUCACUUUAAGAAGCUCCAAGACACCUGCACUGUCGCGGACACUCAAAGUUUUCGAGACAUUUGAAGCUAAGAUUCACCAUUUGGAGACACGACCAUGCCGGAAGCUGAAGGACAGCCUGGAAGGCCUGGAGUACUUUGUUCGCUGUGAGGUGCACCUCUCAGACGUCAGUACGCUUAUCAGCUCCAUCAAGAGAAAUGCAGAGGAUGUUAAAACCACCAAAGAAGUUAAAUUUCAUUGGUUCCCAAAGAAAAUAGCUGAUUUGGACAAAUGUCAUCAUCUGGUCACAAAAUUUGAUCCAGACUUGGAUCAAGACCAUCCUGGCUACACAGACCCUGCUUACAGACAGAGAAGAAGAAUGAUUGGAGACAUCGCCUUCAGAUACAGACAUGGGCAAUCGAUUCCCAGAGUGGAAUACACAGAGGAGGAGAUUGGCACAUGGAGGGAAGUCUACUCAACUCUGAGGGAUUUGUAUACAACCCAUGCCUGCAAUGAAUACCUUGAGGCCUUCCGUCUGCUGGAAAGGCAUUGUGGGUACAGUCCAGACAACAUUCCCCAGUUGGAGGACGUGUCACACUUCCUCAAAGAGCGUACAGGCUUCCAGCUGCGUCCAGUGGCAGGCCUGCUCUCAGCCAGAGAUUUCCUGGCCAGUUUGGCAUACCGGGUGUUCCAGUGCACCCAGUACAUCCGACACUCCUCCUCCCCUAUGCACUCCCCAGAGCCUGACUGUGUCCAUGAGCUGUUGGGCCAUGUCCCCAUGUUGGCCGACCGCACUUUUGCCCAGUUUUCACAGAACCUUGGCCUGGCAUCACUUGGGGCUUCAGAUGAAGAUAUUGAGAAACUGUCCACACUAUACUGGUUCACCGUCGAGUAUGGCUUAUGUAAACAGAAUGGCGAGGUGAAGGCUUAUGGCGCUGGACUGCUCUCCUCUUAUGGAGAGCUUGUGCACUCGCUGUCUGAUGAACCAGAGACAAGGGAGUUUGAUCCAGUGGCUGCGGCAGUGCAGCCCUAUCAAGACCAAACGUACCAGCCUGUCUACUUUAUUUCUGAGAGUUUUUCAGAUGCCAAGGAGAAAUUCAGGAGGUAUGUGUCCGGUAUCAAGCGUCCCUUCUCGGUGAGGUUCGAUCCGUAUACCAGCAGCGUUGAGGUGUUGGACAACCCGCUGAAGAUCCAAGGAGGCCUGGAGGGUGUGAAGGAUGAGCUUAAGAUGCUGACAGAUGCCCUCAGUGUUUUGUCAUGAUGAUGCCCCACUCUGUGACCAUCCUGCUUUUGUUUGCUUCUUCUCCGCUGUGCUCUGCCACGUGUGACAAGGCCAAUGUGUUCAUCUUUCUGUGCUCUGCCUCCAGUAUGAUGCUGUUUCUAAGGGGGUUGUUGCUUGUUGUCGCUGGCUGGUUAGGCAACAAGGUUGCGACCAUUAAAACCUCAAUGCGCAGUGCAGGCAAAGUUUCCAAAAAUGUUUAACGCCUCGCUGGGUAUGGAUGCAUUUGAGAAAUGAUGGGGUUUUACCGAGUGGGCUAUUCAUUCUGUUAAAGCAAAAUGUGUUGUUUGAGAAAUAUGUCAAAAUCUGAACCAAAAUCAAAGGGAACUGUGAUGAUGAAUGUAUUAAAAGAAAACUAAAUGGGUAUGGUAUAAUUAUUUUAAAAUCAAAGAAACAUAACGGUAAAAUAAAGAUUAAAGUGUACAUUUAAAUCAUAUUUAUUUUAUUUAGGAAAAAGUAUCUCUGCUGUGUUAAAGGCUAUAUUUUAUUUUAUGUGAGUUCAGUAUUUGAGCAUACCAAAUAAUUUGAUUUUAUGCUGUUUUUGUCUUGCAGUGUAAAUGCAUAAUAAAAUAAAUGAGAAAACAUACUUUCCAUGUAAUGUACUGUUGAGUUUUGAAUCUGUUAAAUAAUAAAGAAUUGCAAAUUAA